AUGCUCUCGCGCGGUGUUCUUCGAGCGGUCACCCAGGGCGCUCGCAGCCCGGGCAUACCUCGAGCUGCAGCCUGGUCGCCGCUAAUUGCAUCCCGGUCCUCCCUGGCCGAGGGCCGGAGAGCGAUCUCGACAUACGGCUACACACAGGCGAAGGCGCUCAUCUACUCGAAAUACGGCGAGCCGAAGGAUGUUCUCUCUCUACACAAGCACUCGAUCUCCGCUCCACAUGGCACGCAAGUCAACCUCCGCCUCCUCACGGCGCCUAUGAACCCGGCCGAUGUCAACCAGAUACAAGGUGUCUACCCAAGCAAACCGCCAUUUCAGACCACGCUUGGCACAUCCGAGCCUGCCGCCGUGGGCGGCAACGAGGGCGCGUUCGAGGUCAUUUCCGUCGGUGCGGGCGUCAAGAACCUGAGCAAAGAUGACUGGGUCAUCAUGAAGCGGACGGGACAAGGCACCUGGCGGACACACGCGCAGCUGGAGGAGUCGCAGCUGAUCAAGAUCGAUAACAAGGAGGGAUUGACGCCGCUGCAGAUCGGCACUGUCAGCGUCAACCCCGUCACGGCUUACCGCAUGAUUCGUGACUUUUGUGAAUGGGACUGGAUGCGCGCCGGGGAGGAAUGGCUCAUCCAGAACGGAGCCAACAGCGGUGUUGGUCGCGCCGCUAUCCAGCUGGGUCGGGAAUGGGGUAUCAAGACCCUGAAUGUUGUUCGCGAGAGGAAGACGCCCGAAGAGACAGAGGCGCUCAAGCAGGAGUUGAAGGACCUGGGCGCGACUGCUGUCGUAACGGAAGAGGAGAUGCUCACGGGCAAUUUCCGGGCGAUGGUCCACGAGCUCACUCGCCAGGGCCGGGAACCUAUUCGUCUGGCGCUGAACUGCGUGGGCGGGAAGAGCGCCACGGCCCUGGCGAAGACCCUGGCUCCCAACUCCCACAUGGUCACAUACGGAGCCAUGUCCAAGCAGCCGGUGGCCCUGCCCUCGGGCUUGCUGAUCUUCAAGAAUCUUGCCUUUGACGGAUUCUGGGUCAGCAAGUGGGGGGACAAGCAUCCCGAGCUCAAGGAGAACACGAUCAAGGAUGUGCUGCAGUUAACCCGGGCGGGCCGGUUCCAGGACAUCCCCGUCGACGAUGUCAAGUGGUCGUGGGACACCGAGGGACCGGAGCUGGCAGAGAGUGUCCAGGGUACUCUGGGUGGCUAUCGCAGUGGGAAGGGCGUUCUCACCUUCACUGGCGGUGACUGA